AUGUCCUCGCCACCUGCGCAUCCGGACGCCGGCGACCCAACGUCGCCUCCGGACGCCAGGGACCCACCUGCGCAUCCGGACGCCGGUGACCCAGCGUCGCAGCCUGUCUUCCCCGACGAGAUCCUUGAGGAGAUCUUCCUCCGCCUCGACGCCAUGGAAGACAUCGCCCGCGCGUCCGCCGCCUGCACCGCCUUCCGCCGCGCUAAAAAGCCAGGCUAA